AUGGUAUCAACCUUCAACAGAAAGCUGGCAAUCCCAUGGGAUACGGAAACGGCGGACAAUGAGAGGCAGCACGCUUUCGAACAAUACAGGGAGUGCUACCUACGCGAAUUGCUCAUGUUGGUUGAAGUGAUGCUGAUGAAGCCCUUGUCAAUCGAAGCCCGGACGAUUCGCUGGGAAAGCAUCAUCAGCACUGUCUGGCCAGAGACUUUUUGCAGACUGAAGCGCGAGCACCUUGGUCACGUAACAGCCUCUUACUGCGACUGCGAAUCGACCAAGGAGGAGUGGCGGGUCAACAUGUCGUGGUCCAAACGAAAGAACGAGGCACAAGCCAUUCUCGACGAUCUCGAAGCAAAGUUUGGUCAAGCUGGCUCGGUUGUUGGCUUUUGGUGGCAGCCAGGCUACGGCGAGGAUGACGACUGGGAGCCAACGAGAAGGGCGCAAGUAGUUUACGAUCAGUACGAACGAGGAAAUGACUACCCGCUGCAUCAGAUGACUUUUGUCAACUUCUUAGAAAAGGAGCAUGAUCGGCGGUACCAGAAGCUUCGUCAAAUGGCCGAAAGAUGCCGAGAAAAUCUGAUCAGGAUGGGCGAAGCACGGUCACAGAAGCAUCCGGACGGGUUGUACUGGCGACGAAAUCGACAGAUCCCUUGGAUGGGUAUAGACGACUGGGAGAGUUCGCUGAAUCGGCGCAUGGAGUUCCUGGACUGGAUAUACCGGUUCCUCGCGCUCGACCCCGGGCUCGACGAAGAGCUCAUGAAGUGGUUGGCCAUCCCGCUGCUCGCCAUGCUCAACCCCUGGCCCAAUCCGGAUGUCCUGAACCAUCCGUCUCACCCGCCCGGUCAUACCUUGGACCCCGAACUGCCGGCGUUAGAUGCGCUGCAGGAGUGUAUGUGGUGGGUCGAAUGGUUGUGGCCGCUCGAAGGGCAGGUGGUGGCGCAGGAUAAUUACAGAGAGUCGAUCAGGGCGAGCAACUCCAUGAACGAUGUCAUGCAGCGCAACAGGCUCAUCGAGUGGAGCGACAUGCAACUCCGAAACUACCAGGCGGAUAGACAGACGCUGCGGUACGUGGUAACACCCGAGGCGGCCAUCGCGAAGGGCGAUACGACCUGCACCAUGUGCCAGGAGGAAUGGAACCAGCACCCGAACCACGAGCCGGUGCCGCUCCCCUGCUGCAACAAGUUCGUCGGGCGUAGAUGUCUGAAGCUGUUCUUGGCCUGCACCCCGAUCCGGCUGGCUGGCGAGGAGCGCUACCUGACUAAGGACAAGUGGGCGCAGGACUUUAAGUGCUGCUUCUGCCGCAUGAGCAUCGGCAGGCACUUCUCGCCCAAUGCUUUUGAUCAGGGAAAUACCCACGUCAUAAAAGGUAUCCGCAACUUCAACUUUCACGACAGGUUGGAGAACCGCAGCGUGGCGUCCGGGCACUGGCAUCGACGACGAGAACAGCUGAUGAGCGAACAAGAACUACGAGAAAGACAAGAACAGCAACAGCAAUAG